AUGACUGCAGCCCACUGUGUACAUGAAUCCAAAAAACCGUCUCAAGUUCGAGUUGGAAAACUAACUCUCAACAAUGAUGAUGGAUUGCAAGAAGAAAUAUACCUAAUAGAGAAAAUCAUAAAGCAUCCGGAAUAUAAUCAACAAACGAAGCAAAAUGACAUUGCAUUGAUUCAAACUAAGACGAAAAUUGAAUUCAAUGAUAAUGUAACAGCAGCAUGCUUGCACACGAUAGAGGAGGAUGUUGAUUCUGAAUUGAUCGUUAUUGGUUGGGGUGCCACUAUCAGUGGAGGAACCAAUUCAAACAAGCUACUGAAGACGAAUUUAACAACAGUACCAUUGUCCGAAUGUAAUUCAACUAUUUUGGAGUGGAAUAAAGAAUUAAAUUUAAUCGAGUUUCAAAAUGGUAUCAGCGAAGGUCAAUAUUGUGCAAAUGAUCCAGAAGGAAGAAGAGAUUCUUGCCAUGGAGAUAGUGGAGGUCCUCUUCAGUAUUUCCCCAACACCAAUUCAAGCAGAGCGACCAUAGUUGGCAUUGUUUCAUUUGGUGUGAAUUGUGCAACCACAUUGCCAAGCGUCUAUACUCGUGUGGCUUAUUACAUUGAUUGGAUUGAAUCCAUCGUUUGGCCGCCAGAACAAAAUAAUUAA